GGACGACGGACGGCGCAGUUGCUGCAAACGGUAGCAUUGUUUCAUUUGGUGUGUGAUAGACAGUUGGUGUUUGAUUAAUUAGCUGCGAAUUAUGGGGGCUGUUCAUCGGAAAAAAUCCACAACUUGCAGGAAAAGUCGGGUCAGUAGAAUGGUGUCAAGGUCAUACUCCUAGGAAGCCAAUUACAAGCCCAGGAGUCUUCAAAGCAAUCCAGAUACUCUGGAAUCUAAUGCUUUUUUAUCUGAUUUUCAUUCCUACGGAAUAGAAAAAAAAGCGCUUGAGAUUUGCAAAUUUUUCCUUUGAACAUUAGUACUGUACACACAUACUCUCGCAGAUAUAUAACUUUGGUUGUAACAGUGUCGUUUGAAACUCUAAAUUGCAAAAAUGGGAUCCACAAGACCGACUGACAGGUCUCUUGGUGAGACUACUUUUUUACCUCAAUGGAUGAAAGGAAAGUUGGAUAAAAGAUUCGAUUACACCGACAGCACAUUCAGUCCGCCAGCCGACGAGGCAGGUUUCUUCUACAUCCGCUAUCCGAAGCACGAGGAGACUAGCAGCAAUAACAACAAGGUCGAGCAGAAGGAAGGCUUUCGACCCAUCAACGAGCUGUUCGAUCACGCCGAGGCCAAGAGCGUCGAUUUGAGUAAGCAUCCGCUGCCAUGUCAACCGUUCAUUCCUCGUGACGCUGGACAAGGUACCGAGCCAAAAAUCGUAGUGGCGAACAAGCCGAAAACACGUCCAACGGCAAACGAUGAUUUUAACAACAGCACGACCUCAGAAUGUGGCCGCUCGAUCGUUCACGUAGCCAGUCAGAUUAUGUCAUCAAAGUUCAGCAAAUCCACCUCCUCAGACUCAACAUCAUCCAACAGCGAGGAAAUCGCUGCUCAGCAACAUCGAAGAGGCAGUAAAUCCCUUCCCGCAACACCGCUGACAUCGCCGAACAUAACACCAGACAGUUCGCCAAAAUCUCGUCGCCGUAAUCGUUUCUUCGCUGGUGCCUUCGUACCUGUAGAAGGAACCGAGGGUCGCAAGAAUGGCUGGUUAUUGAGCAGCAUUCUUGGCCAGUCUCGCGAACUCAUCACGUCAACGAAAAUCGACGAAGAAGAAGAAAUGCAGCCUGAUCCACUUUCUCCACGAAUAAUAAACCGUAAGAAGUCCAUCUCUUCUCAGAAUCUCACUUACGUCGGCAACGAGAACAAAGUUCCCAAGGUCUAUCUACAGCCUAAACCAUCCGAGCUGAGAGAGAUGAAUUUUUGGUCUCCCACAUCCAUGUAAAACUACAGUUUAAGAUUUUCAUAUGAAAACGAUUUAAUUUUUUUUUGUUUUUUAAUUAUUUUUCAUUUUUUAUUCACUUGAAGAUACACGUUUCUUACUAAACGUAAGUGUAGCUGGAUAAUGUCAAGUAUUAUCAGUAAGCAACGAUGAAUUUUUAUUUUAACAAAACAUUCACAUGAUCUUUUUUUUGUUUUCGUGUGCUUUUUUCCACGUCAUUGAAACUUUUGUGAAUUUCACGUUCUUUUUUUUCUCUCAUCGUAUCUACGUAAUUCGAGCGUUAAUGUAGUAGGUAGUUGUUGUAAUAGGCUAGUUAAAUUAGAGGACGAUUUAGCCGUCAGGCUAGAACCGAAUUUAAGAUAGUUAUAAUCGUGGACAGGUUGAAAGUAAGUCUUUUAAUUGCCUAUUAUUAUUGAGCAAGAAAAAUAUAUAUAUAUUUUUAAAUUUUCUUCAUCGUCAUGGUUCGAAUGCAUCGAUUUUAGUUUUAUUAUCUCUUCCAAAAUGUCGACGUUAAUUGCCGAUCACUUUGAUUAAUUAUUACACAUUUACUAACAUUUUUUUCUGCCAUACGUUCAAGUAACCUUAACAGUUAUGGAAUCAUUGUUUCAACGAUGAUUUAAGGAUACUUGAACGUGCUAAUUAUUAAAUCCAACUAUGUAAUCCUUACCUCUGAAAAAAUGAGUCCAUAACCGGUGGAUUUUUCUCUGCCUUCACCCGAUGUGAACUGCAAACUUAGUUGAAAUGGACGCUAAAGUUAAAACGGCAAUGCGAUUUUGUAUGUUAAUCAAUUGAGCAAUUUUCGCGAAAAAUAAAUUUUAACGUCGUGUAUUGCGAAACAUGAUAUUGCUCUCUAGGUAAUAUAGAUCAUCGUAUUACUGCUUCGCUAGCACGGCGAUCCUUUGUAAAAAGUGCGUUGUUGAAUAAUCUAAUGGAAUAUCAAUCAGAGCCAAGCGACCAUUAUCCAAUAAUAAAAAAGUUUUGAUGUCGAAAUCUUUCACAAAUUUGUAUGAAUCUUUGGAUGCAAUAUAUUUACAUGUUAUUGAUUUUUAUCAAGCAGGUAAAUAAAAUAAACAAAAGUCAGGUUCAAUUACUUCGACGUCGAGACAUUUUGCGAAGUAUUUAGUAGCUUUAUAACUAAUAAUUAUCUUAUACGAUCGAGUGUGUAACGCAUGCGGUGCGAGAUUUUUGGAUCUCGUCACUUUAAUGUUUUGGAAUUGUCAGUAUCUAUUUGAAAUAAUAAAUUAAUAUAUAUACAAAUAUAUAUAUUA